CCUCAUCGGAGUUAAGAUGCAACGACGUGAGACGGAAGAUCUCAAAGUGGUCUGUGUGCCCCUUUCAAAGAUUGAUUGCCUCACCGAUUGAGUCAAUGGCAAGGUCCUGCGGGGUGUCCGGUUCUGAGCCCCUCCAGCCGACAGCGCUUGAGGCCACUCACACCGUCAUAUUUCGAUCGCUUUCCACGAGCGUGACAUGGCUUCACCUGAAAACUAUCUCACUCACAAACCUUUUGCACGCCAAUCUGCCCCUACAACCUACACAGAGCACACAGGUCGCUUCAUCUGAUAUCGCUUCAUCCAGCCCCACAGCAUCCAUUGAAUCAUCUCUUUGUUAUAAACAUUUCCAAAUUCACCCACAUACUUACCGCAAAGAUGGCUGAUUGGGAUACUGUCACCAAGAUUGGUAGCCGAACCCAGGGUGGCAGUGGUGGUCCGCGCGAGACGGUGGUGCGUAGUCAGGCUGCCCUCAACGCCGCGCGACGCAGCGGAGGUCCCAUCUCUACCGAGAAGAAGUAUGCUACGGCUCAAACUGCUGCUGCUGGAACCGGAGGUCAACGUCUGACCAAGGUCGACCGCUCCGACGACAUAAUCAAGCCCCAGACUGUGGGCAGGGCGGUCGGAGAUGCAAUCGAAGCUGCACGGAAAAAGUUUGAGCCUACGAUGACCCAGCAACAACUAGCCACGAAGGCCAAUGCGAGUCUCUCUAUCGUCAAGGCCAUGGAGGACGGUUCGUCGGCACCUGACCAAAAGGUGCUUGCUUCGUUGGAACGUGUCCUCAACGUCAAGCUUCGAGGAAAGGACAUUGGCCAGCCGAGAUUUGCGAAAAAGUCUUAGAUGGUCUACCUGUAACGAGGACAUGGCUGUAGGCGAUACGGCGGCUGCAAAGUCGGUGAUGGACUUCCAGCUUGUUGUUGGACAGUGAUGUUGAGUCUUGAUUCAGUCCUUGGGCACAUGGUAGUGGUACAGGAGAACAGCAGUUUGCGCUGGUAUAUCUCUGAAUUGCUAGUAGUUACUUCGGAGUACCUUACAGUGACGCAUCGAAUGAAACAAAGGCAUUACUGUUACUACGCUGAGCAUCAAAGACAAUGCGCGUUCCUGAGUACGUCCGCAUGGGCUGUCGAGAAUGAUUGAUUUCAUUGUGAACAACUCGAUUCUGAAAGAAGUUUUCAAUGUGUUGUACAUGUCUAUUAGACAUGAAGUGGAAGCUAUCAUGGCUGUACGUACUGGUUGCCAGUUAUUGGUUCACGAUAAUCAGGAUUAAUUGCAUAGAACAUCCAGUAUAUUCAAACC